UUUCCCCAAAUUUCGAAUAAUCUUUUUUCUGCCGGGCUGUUGAAAGUCAAUCCCCACACUCCUCAGCCCCUAUCGUCAAAGGCUCCAACACCGACGAUUAUGAUUCACUCUGCUUUGUCUACAUAUAUAUAGGCUAUAGCUCUUUCAUUCGGGGUUUAUCCAAGAAACCACUGUUUUCUUAACUAGCUGUUGGUUUGUCUGUUUUCAAGAUUUUUCACUUGUAAUCGAUCAACCACGUGUGAUAAUCAAAAGGGUUUUGAAAAAGUCUGUUCUUUUCUGCUGGAUUUUAUUGUGUUCUGUUCAUCAAUCAAUCAAGAAAGAUUGGUUCUUUGAGUUGAAUUUUAUGUGGGUAUUGAUUUGUCUGUUUGUUGAAGUCUAAGUCUUGAAUGAGUGAAGGAAAUCUGAAGUUGGAAAAAGAAGCAUUUAUAUUGAGCUCUUUGGAAAGAUUCAGUCAAGGGUGUCGUGUUUAUAGGUUUGUAGUUUUGAUCAUUAGUGAUGGAUGGAUCAAAUGGCAGUUCUUGGUCGCCGGCGCCAUUUCUGGUGAAGACUUAUGAGAUGGUGGAUGAUCCAAUGACAAAUUCUGUUGUAUCUUGGAGUCUAACUGGCCAUAGUUUUGUUGUUUGGAAUCCACCUGAGUUUGCUAGAGAUUUGCUGCCUAAGUAUUUCAAGCACAACAAUUUCUCCAGCUUCAUUAGGCAAUUGAAUACAUAUGGUUUUAGAAAGACUGAUCCUGAUCAAUGGGAGUUUGCAAAUGACGAGUUUAUCCGAGGGCAGAAACAUCUUUUGAAGAAUAUAUACAGGCGAAAGCCGAUCCAUAGUCAUUCAGGUCAAGGAAAUGUGGCUCCACUAACUGAUUCAGAACGGGAGCAUUUUGAGAAAGAGAUUCAGCAGCUAAAAGGAGAAAAGGUUAUGCUUCAGUCGGAAGUAGAGAGGCGUAGGCACGAGAGUCAAGGAUACGAGCAUCAGCUCAAUUCCUUACGGCAGAUAUUGCAGAACAUUGACCACAGGCAGCGUCAGUUGAUGAUCAGCCUAGCUCAGCUGUUGGAGAAGCCGAGCACCAUGGAACAGCCGGGGUUUCAGAGCAAGAAAAGAAGGUCCACGGCCUUGCAUUUCUUGCAAGGCGAAAGCCUAGAAAAUUCAGGUGCUUUGUCUCUUCCAUUCAUGAACUUGGAACAAGUUGAGGAAAUAGAUUCAUCCCUAAAUUUUUGGGAGAAGUUCAUCCAUGGAGUUGAGGCUCCAGCUGAAGGCUUUCAUGACUUUAGGCUGCACCCCACGCGUUCGCCUGUCAUCACAGCAUCAUCUGGAGAUUCUGAUAAUGCCUCGCGCGGUUGCCACAUGUCAGCAUCAACUUCACGAGAUUGCAAUUCCUCCCCGGAGCUGGCUGCAUCCUCGACUUAUCUAGGCAGCCCUGAGAUAUCUUCAAUCUGCAUUGAUCUUGACUCCAGGCUAAAGCCACUAGGGAUUGAUGUGAACAUGAGCCCAACCAAGACUGCUGUUAAUCGAAUGCCAAAAGAUCAAGAGCAGGAUGGCGCCAUCCCAUCUGUGGCAGCUGGUCUAAACGACGUCUUCUGGCAGCAGUUUCUGACCGAGGCUCCUGGUUCUUCUACAGCACAAGAAGUGAAAUCAGAGGAAGAUUGUGGAUCUUGAGAAGCAUCCUAGUGAUGAGCGAAAGCCAGCUAACUUGAGUGCUGAGGAACAAAGCUGCCACGUGUCAUAUACUAACUUUAGGUAUUAUUGCUUGAGUUUGAGGAGGUGUGGUACCUACCUACAUAUAGAUGCAUAAAUCUCAAUAUUGAUGUUAAUUGUUUUGGAUUGUUUUCUUAUGCUUUUCGUGUCGUUUUGAUGGAGAAUUCCGGGUCUGAUGUGCUUCAUUAGAUGUAGAAGUGUAAAAUCAUUGGGGAGCAUGCUAUUUGUUCUCUCUUUUGGUAGAUUCUGUAUAACGAAAAAAGUUUUUAAUUUUUUUUA